AUGCAAAUUCUUUCACCCUUGUCAUUCAAUGUUAAAAAACCCCAAAUUCCACCCUCAUUCAAACCCAAAUCCCAUCAAUCAAACUCAAAUGAAUCCUCCGAUUACCUAAUCGAAAGGGGUCUCAAAUUCCAAGUGGGUGAAUCCUUCUUUCGACACGAAAGCUUCACCGGCCGAGACCUCGGUGUCCUUGCCGCCGCCCACUACAAGCGUUCGAACCCUGAAUUACGGGUUCUCGAUGCAAUGUGCGGUUGUGGGGUGCGGUCUCUUAGAUACUUAGCCGAAUCUGGGGCCGAUUAUCUCCUAGCUAACGACGCAAAUGAUGAAAACAGGGAGUUGAUAGUGGGUAAUUUAUCUCAAAUCCCGCAAUUUGGUGUACAAGGUAGUAAGAAAUGGGUAGUAACCCAUUUAGAUGCUAAUAGAGUGAUGAGUGAGUGUUAUCUACAAAAGGAUUUUUUCGAUUUAAUUGAUGUUGACUCAUUUGGGAGUGAUUCGAGCUUCUUGAGGUCGGCUUUUAAUGCCGUAAAAAUGGAUGGAUUGGUGUAUGUAACCUCAACUGAUGGCUUCUCUGCUGGAGGACAUCAACCCCACAAUUCUCUAGCUUGUUAUGGAGCUUAUAUUAGGCCAAUGCCUUAUCCAAACGAGCUUGGCUUAAGAAUGCUAAUAGGUGGUGCAGUUCGUGAAGCUUGUGUGAUGGGAUACAAUGUCACUCCUCUCUUUUCAUACUACUCUUACCAUGGACCUGUUUUUCGAGUUAUGUUAAGAGUUAACCGUGGAAGGCUAAGUGACAUGAGACAUUAUGGGUUUGUAAGCUACUGUCAUGGUUGUGGAAAUUCCCAGGCAUUUACUUGGCAUGAACUUGGGAAGAUCUUUUGCUCCAACUGCAGUGCUAAGCCGUCUUCUGGUUCACUUGUUGUCUCGGGGCCCCUAUGGACUGGACCACUCCAUGAUGGUGCCUACCUUGCAGAGUUAUUAGAAUUGGCUCAACAAUGGGGAUGGAUAGGAGAUGGCAUUGGCCUCGACUUGGAGAAACUCAUUAAACUGAUGAUUGGAGAAAGUGAUCCAGAAUUACCAUUUGGCUACAUCAAAAUAGAUCAGAUAGCUAAACGUGCAAAAGUAAAUUCUCCGCCCAUCAGAAGUUUGAUCAGCACCCUGCAGAAGGAGGGUUAUGCUGUAAGUAGAUCCCAUAUUGUAUCUAACGCGAUCAAGACAAACUGUCCAAUGACUACAUGCGUUACUAUUGCCAAGGACCAUUACAAUUACUGAGAGUUACAAUUUCAACUUCUUUUUGGGAGUUCUAACAAGAAGAAAACCAAGACAUGGAAAAUCUCAGGUAACGCCUCUUGAAAGUUGAAACUAACAGUGGAUGUUACUGCAAAAGCCCAGGCAAUUCUGAUCCAAAUGUGGCAUAAGAUAGAUUAAUGUAGGACAAACACAGCAGACGACUACUUUGGAUAAGAAUUUUUUCCCUUGAGAAGGUACAAGGGAGUGCAGAGAGGGCGAUAGUUCAAGUUCCGUCGUUCAUCCUUGCAAAUGUACAUCUACUUGAACUGACAGACAACAAAUUUUGUACAAUAAUCAUUUUCUCUUAUUGCUACGUUUUAAGUUGCCUUUUGAAUUGCUACGUUUUCUUUUGUGAUAUGGAGUUUCAUGUGUUGUAUGUCGCUGAAAUAAAAUCAAAAA